GUCCACACCAUCAUCCAUGCCAAUUCAGCACAAUGGCAGGCGAAGAUUCCAAGACUUUCGAAGUCAUCAGCGACGUGCCAGAGUCGUCGGCAACCGAUAGGGGCAACUCUGUGCAAGACCAAGGCCGUGAUGGGCCAUGGCUGCGAUUGCUGACCUUUCUCAAAUGGUAUCCAAAGGACAUGCCGCAUUUGGAGAAAAGACUGGUGUUGAAAUUGGAUUUACUCAUUCUUGUCUUUGGCUGUCUCUCGUUCUUCACAAAGUACUUGGAUCAGCAAGCCAUCACCAAUGCAUACGUAUCAGGCAUGAAAGAAGACCUGCACCUGGGUGGGAAUGAACUCAAUUACAUUACCGCUGUAUUCUGGGCGUCAUACUGCACUUCGAUGAUCCCGGCGUGCUAUCUGUUGACUCGCUUCCCUAUCAACAUCGCCCUACCGACAUUAGAAGUUGGCUGGGGUCUCUUCACGUUCGGCUGUGCCUGGGCCCAGAAUCUCAACACGAUAUAUGCAAUGCGGUUCUUCGUGGGCAUUUUUGAGUCGUGUUCUUUUACUGGCGUCAUAUAUGUGAUCGGAUCGUGGUACAAGCCAGGUGAAGUCACACGGCGUGUUGCCCUGUUCUUCAUUGCGUCGCCUCUCGGGACUAUGUUUGCUGGAUAUCUCCAGGCUGCAGCUUAUACCAAUCUGAAUAACGUCAACGGUUUGGCUGGAUGGCGAUGGCUCUUUAUUGUCUGCACCGUCAUUACUCUGCCGACAUCCAUACUAGGAUACAUCGUCUUCCCCGACGUUCCUCACCGCAAACGACCACGUCUACUAACCGAAGCAGAAUAUACCCUCGCCAACAGCCGCCUGAAAGGCCUCGUAGCGCCCAGUGAGAUGAAAGUCUCGCGGGCGAUCUUCAAACGAGUCUUUGGGCGCUGGCACUGGUAUGUCUUUGUAGUGCACUGGAUCCUGAUGGAUCAGAACUUCAUGCCCUAUUCGACCCCAUUCAGCCUCUAUCUCAAAGCAAAGCCGGAAAUAUACUCGGUAUCGCACGUCAACACGCUGCCUACAAUAGCCACAGCGCUGUCUGUCGUAGCGGCACUAGUAGCGGGUGUGGCAGCUGAUAGAUUGCGCAAUUUCUGGGUUCCGUCGGUGGUGACCAGCGUUCCAGUGUUGAUUGGAGUCGCCUUACUCGUCGCAUAUGAUGUUGGAGAGGCUGGUCGUCUGGCUGCUUUUAUCAUUACGGGGUUCGAGGGAGCUAUCAGUCCACUCACCAUGAGCUGGGCGACGGUUGUCAUGGCCAACGAUGCUGAGGAACGUGCCAUUGUGACCGCAAGUAUGAAUGCCAUCGGACAGGCCAUGGCGGCUUGGACUCAGAUAUUACAGUAUCCAGCCACCAGUGCACCGCGUUUCCGGAAGGGCUUCAUCUCGAGUUUGUCGACGACGGUAGUGCAGUUUCUGAGCAUUGCGUUGAUCGCAUUCCUUUCGAAUAGGGAGAGACGGAGGCGGUCUCAAGUUGGUGGUAACGUCUAAAGAGUUAAAUAUGUAUGCACUGGUGAGAGAUUGGCAUAUUUAU